AUGUAUCAGCAACACCCUCCUCCGAUGCAGAAUCAGGGCUAUGGAAUGCCUCAGCAGCAAUAUCCGCCACCUGACCAGUUUGGCCAAGGUUCGCCACCACAAGCGGCCUCCUACAGCAAUGCACUGGUUCCCUCCACCCAACCCUCGAAUCCUUAUGCUAUUGUGGUGGCGCCUCCUCAGCACAAUAUGCACCACCAAUCCGCCAGCAAUGGUAUGCCGGUGUCGCCUUAUUCGCAGCAGACUCCUCCAAAUCCUUAUGGCGGCUCCCCUCAGCAGCAACCAUAUGACCAGCAAAAUAGGGGUUACGGUCAGGAAAAUCAUCCGGCUUCGCAUCAACCUCCUCCUGUAUCAACGCCUCCACCAGCUACUCGUCCUGUUCAUUCUGUAGAUAUUGUACCCGCGGCUAGUAGUGGGUAUCCUGGGGCUCCUCCUCCCCCUGCCCCAGCAACAGAAGAAAAUCAAACACCCGCAGGAUCCGCUGCCAGAAAUAAAUACUCUGCCGAAUUGGCACAACAUGCUCCCAUGGGAGCAUCUCCACUACCCCGAGCAGACAUGGUCCAAAAGACGGGGUAUGUUUUGUCACGGAUUUCUUUCCGGACUAUUGUUAUGAAAAAGUGGAAGCAGUCCUUCUGGGUGCAAUACGGUCCACAUACAAUGUUGUGGUUUCGGUCACAAGCAGACUUUGAAGACUGGCUCAACAACCCCUACCAUACCCAGGCACAGCGCAAUUUCCUUAUCAAGCUGGCUGUCAAUUUUGCGCAUGACCUGUAUAAGCCAAACGUUCGUGGGUAUCAGGUGACACAAUGCAGGACAAAAUCCUAUGGCACCAAAUUGAUUCGACAGUUCAAGCUCGAACGAUGGAUGGAUUACGGUCCGACCAUUGCAGCUGCUUUUGGGUCGAAUAAUCCAAAGGAAGUGGACGAUUUACGUGAAGCCUUGGUGGCAUGCAUGAGGAAUACUCCACUCAACGGUGGUAUCCGUGCAACGGGCGCUGUACGAGAAAGAGCGGACACUGGAGCACCUGCGGACGAGAGGGGAAGUACUAGUAUGUCACCAGAAGGAGGUUAUGAUUCGGCCUCCUACGCUGGACACCAAAACAUGGGUCGGCAAGUCAGUAGGUCAGUUGCCUCGGCAAACGAACUGGGUAUGGAUCACAAAGGCUUCGACGAGGGUAUAAACAAUGCUGCUGGAGGAGCCCCGCCUCCCCCCACUGGUGAUUUGUUGGAUUUCUCGGAACCUGUUCAACAGCAACCGCCUCCACAGCAACAACAAGGUCAUUGGAAUGCUCCGCCACAGCAAGCUUAUUAUGGCCAUAAUGCCAUGCAGCAUGGACAGUACCCAGUACAGAAUUAUCCCGGACAACAAAUGCCAACACAACAACAGAAUUUUGGUCCACCUCCAGUACAGCAACAAGCCUACGGAGGAUACUGA